CGGGAGAGCACGCUCGUCUCUACUCCACUUACCCCUCGAUUUCGCUUAAAGAAAAGUUCAAAAGUCAUUUGUAUUUGAGUGUUUCGGUGUAUUAAAACUGUGUCUUAAAUUAUGUGAAUUAAUGAUGGUUUAACAGUGAAGUUAUAAACAUGGUUGUUUUACUAUUUUUUGUCGCGUUUAUAACCCAUACUCUAUGCCAUACAAUAACGAAGUUGGACGUGCCCCGCUGGGCUGAUCCGAGAAUAGAAGCGCAGCUACGCUGUCACUACACCAAGCAGCCAAUGGACCCCGCGUUGCAUUCAGUGAAAUGGUACAGAGGAAGCCAUGAAAUCUUCAGAUACACACCGCAAGAGUUCGAGACGCGAAUCUUCAACGACAGUGGGAUAUUUAUAACAAACAGCUCUUGCGACAUGUCGUCGUGCGUGAUCACUUUGAAGCCCGAGCCCGGCACAUCCAAGUACACUUGCGAGGUCUCCAGUGAAGGCCCACGUUUCGCACUAGCAAGAAAAUCUGCCAAUAUGACUUUAGCAGUGCUACCGGAGUAUGAGCCGUUGAUUACUGGUCUGCCAACUUUUGUGAAUGCUGGUGAGCAGGCUUUGGUCAACUGUACUUCAGACUACUCCCUCCCAGCAGCCAUCAUAGACUGGUUUGUGGAUUCCGAACCUCAGGAGGAUCCGGUAAUAACUGGGGUAACUCAUGUCUCUGGUGCUGAUGGUGACGGGCUCCGUGCUUCGUGGCGAACUUUGCACGUGUUCCCGGACGACUACGCAACACACCGGGGCUACCUCGCGCUUCAAUGUCGAGCAACUCUCCCUACGAGACCGCCGCACAUCCGCAGCAUGGCUGUGAGGCUGUUCGUCGCUAGCAGACCACACAUAUCGUCUUAUAUGUUAAGUAAAAAUAAUGCUGUGGGUAAAAGCAGUGCCAUUAGAUUACAAUAUGAAUUGUUUCUAUGGACUUUACUUCUGGCGGUGAGGAGACAAGUGCCUUUUCUAGUGAAAUAAAUAGUGACUAGUAUCGGACUCGAGUACGUAAAGCUGUGACGUAAUUUUAAACAAAUAUUAAUCCUAAGAACCAUAUUGUGUAUGUAUAUUUUAUUUGCGAUAUAUAAUUGAUUGAUAAUUAAUAAAAUUUAGAUAAUUCAUAUCGUUUUUUUUCUAAACAGGUAGAAUGUAUUAUAUUUAUAAUAGCCUCGGUUGGUUUGAGUUAUUUCUUUUGUAAAGGCGAUACUAUAGACUAAAUGGAUUUGAAAAUAAUGCGUUUUAGUCUCUUUUGUUGUAAAUAGUUAGGUAAGCGUAGAUCUUAACACGUUCCGUAUUAUAAUGCACUUAUUGUACAGAAUUUAAUCCGAGAUUCGAUCAUGUGUUGUAAGGUUUAAUCAAACAAUGUGUGAUUUAACUUAAAUAAUAAUCGAUGUGCCAAUUAAUUUAAUUAAGUGUGCAUUUGUAAGUAUCUUUCUCUCUGGUUCAUAAGACAAAUGCGCUCCUUUUAUUUACUUAAUUAUAGUAAUGAAAAAACACAUCUAUAAUUAAUAUAUAUACAGAUGAAAAAUGGAAAAUAAACAUUCCAUAAACACUUAUUGACUUUUGAAGUGCGGCAAAAAAGUGUAAUUUCAUAAUUGUUUUCAGUGCAUACAAAUAUUGACAGAAUAUGAAAAUUUAUAGAAAUUGAGGAUAAUUAUGCUUAAUAAUUCACAUAGAUUUAUUUUUUCCGUAUCACGACACCCACAAUGGCUUUUAACUAUUUAAUGUACUCUUCACCGCAUUAAAGGAUAAGUUACAAAAAGAAUUAAUCUCAUUUUUUCUAGUUCAUGUCUGUAUAUAGCUAUCGUGUUCUAACAUAAUUGCACAUAAAAUCCUCAAGUAUCAAAAUUCUGGAACGGUAUUUUAUUCUAAUCCUUCUUUCAUAAUUAUCAUAUUAAAUGGUGUAUUAUGCAUACGAAUCACAUCUAAAAUUCGUUCCUAAAUAAUAUUUUGUACAGUACAGAAUACCGUGAAUAGAAGACAAUCAGGGAAAUAAUAUAAAUGAAAUCUAGUUAUAAAAAUGCUCCAUUCACAUUUGACGAAUUUAUUUGAUUAAAUCUUUAAAGAGUUAUUUAUUUUGUUCUUCUGUGAUAAUGUAAGUAAAUUGUAUUUAUUCUACAAAAAUAUAUCUAAGUGUCAAUAAUAUAAUUAUUGAAAUAAA